ACUCCACAACAAAGUGAAAGAGAAGCUUGCGUAGCGCGCCCUCUGGUGAGAGAAUGCUAUAAGGCAAUGUGAAUUCCAUGCAUCGGGUUCAACAUUCUGAAAUUGUUGCCAUGAAACAAAAACAACUACUACAACAACAAAAAGAAAGAUAAAAAAACAAAACAAACCAAAACCCUUGGUCGACAAAAUACUAGAGAGUUGUUGAUGCUACUAGAUGUGUUGUAUUUGAAAAAUGAAGAUGGAUCAUAGAAUGCUUAACCCAGCAGCUGAAGUAGAAAAAUUCUCAAAGCUUGGUACACAAGAUAUUCAAAACAACCACCUAGAGAGGGCACUGGAGUCCUUCAAGUAUGCCUAUAAACGUUCUAAAGAACUAGAGGACGAUGGUUACACUGAGAGAGCUUGUGCAUUUAAUUUAGGUGCUGUUUACAUUGCUAUUGGAGACAGCAAAAAGGGAAUUGAAACUCUUAAUAGGGCAUUACCACCAGACAACAUCAGAGAGGGAAGGUCUAAUGGAGAUCUUUUUUUUAACUUGGGAUUAGGCUAUGAGAAUAUUGGCAAUACUGAAGAGGCAGUCAAAAAUUUUAAAAUUGCCUUGGAGGAGUACAAGAUAGAGAGGGAUAAUGUCCAGAUGGAAGCGGAAACUCUAGAGAAGUUGGGGCAGCUGUAUCUCAAGACAAGAAACAAAUUUGCUAUGGAAACAUUUGAUCAGUUGGCUCAGACAUACAGUAUUUUGGACAACCAUGCUAAACAAUUAUGGGCACAGACAGAAAAAGCAAAUCAACAGUUUGCCAAUAGUAUGUCCGAGGAAGCUGAAAAAACAGCAGAAGAAUGUCUGAAAUUGGCAGAAAAAUGUGGGCCUUUAGUGAAUAUAGGCACCAUCUAUAAUGAUCUAGGGCUGAUAUUUACUCAGAGGCAAAAGUAUGAGAAAGCAGUGUCAUGUUUCGAAUUGGCACUACCAAUGGUCAAGGGCCAAGAUGGGGAUGAAAAACAGUUGGCAGUGAUUCUUCAGAAUCUUGGGGCAACCUUCAACUUCCUAGGAAAUUACCAAAGUGCUGUUGAAUAUCAUGAGAAGGCUGCAAAUAUGUAUGCUAGAUUAAGGAACAGGAAUAGCCAAGGACAGUGUUUUGCUAACAUGGCAUUUGCUUACAGUCAGCUGGGAGAUGUACCCAGUGCUGGGGAAGCUUUUUUACAUGCCCUACAAGCAGCAAAAGAUUCAGGUGACAAGAGAACGCAGUGGCAGGUGUGUGAGGGGCUUGGAGCAGUGGCAUUCAAUCAGAAUAAUGUAAAAAAAGCUGUGGAUUAUUUCCAGAAGGCUCUGACUCUGGUGGCAUCAUCAGAACCCUCCAAUGCAAUGGCUCAAAACAGGAUUGUGGCCAAGAUAACAAUGGCUCUGCAGACCCAGGUUCAAAAGGAAAGUGCUCUGGUGGAAAGAAAAGAAAACCAUGCUGAGACUGAAGUUAUUCGCAGGACUCCAGUUAAAGAAUCUUUCAUAAGGAAAGAGGUAGCUACUCCGGUGAAAGUCAGCUCAACUCCAGUUGGAUCCCCCCACAGACAUGAAAGAUUUAUACCAGUUGCCAGGAAAGGUUCAUCUCUGAGGUAUGAGAAAGUGGCCAGAGGUCUGAGCAAGGACACCAUUAUUACAGGGGAUAGCUUCAGGUCCAGUACAAGGAACUCCAUGAUUGACAUUGAGUCUGAUGAUGGCUCAGAGGAAGAGGAGGAUGGGACUGAAGAGAAUGAUGAAAAGGAAAAUUCAGAUAUUGACAAAACCAUUCACCAAAUGGAAAUGUCAGAAACCAGGCAAGGGAGAACAAGCAGGAACAGCACUAGUAGAUCAAGUUUGGUGAAUACAAGCAGAAGACAAAGUGUUAAGGCAGCCCAAGUCCAAGGUCUUCACAGUCCUUCAUCAGACUCCUCAGAUGACUCAGAAUCUGAAUCUGAAGAAAACACAGCAAGGAGGGAGGAAGAGAAAGAUAAAAUGGCUGUCAAGGAAGCCAUGAAAAAACAGUUAGGUAGCCAAGAAAGCUCAGACAGUGACUCGGAUCCUUCCCUUAAGAACACUAGGCCUAGAGAUAAUGCAAAUCUGAAACAUGCUGAGGAGGAGAGUAACAGUGAAAGUUCUGAAGAUGACCGUCCCCCUCCUCCAACCCAAUCUCCACCACAGACAACCAUAUUACAGGGAGGUACAUAUGAAACACCAGAGAGUGUGCAGGAGAAGAAACUUCAUUAUGCCGACAUUAAGCAUGCAAAAUCAGUUCAAACAGGAGGUGAGAAGUUUGUCAGGCAUGCUGAACAUAGUGCACAUCCUAAUUUCUUGAGUGAUCAGGUAGAAACCUCCAGUAGUUCAGAGGAGAUUGAUGAUGAUGAAAAAAGUGAUGGAGAUUAUGAUCGUAAGAAGUCAUCUUCUAGGAAAAAUGAGGACUUGGAAGCUAGUGGGAGCUAUCAUGAAAUAGAAAUGGGUACAUUACAAGGUCCAGGGACUGCAGGAGAAGAUAGUCCACUCUACCAAUCGAUUCCAGCAAGAACAGAUAUAGCAAGAACACAGGAUGACGAGGCAGACACCCCCACUUUUGAGAAAGGUCCACAGUUUCAGAACUUCUCAGAUUUACCACGAGGAAUGAAUGUAGAUUCUUCCUCAUCUGACAUGGAUGUUUAUCACUUUGAGCAACACCAAAGGAUGCUGAAAGAGAAGAAUACAAAGCAAGAAGAGAAACCUAAAGACAGCAAAACAUGUGUUGUCAUGUAAAAAUAGCUAUGCUAUCAAAAACGUUCUAGACGUCUUUAUCAUAUAAUACUAUGUAAUCACAAUGUUUGAUGUUAUAUAUACGAGGGCGAGUCAAUCAGCCUAACUUAUUUCCAGUUGAGAUCCACCUCUUCUUUUUCGAUGUAAUUGCCCUCUAGUGUGAUGCACUUAGACCAGCAAUGUUCAAGUGCCAUCAACCCAGAACUGAAAAAGUCAGAGUCCUUUUCAUUGACCCACUCCUCAACUGCCGUCACGACUUCUUCGUCAGACCGGAAAUGAUGUCCAUAGAUAUCCUUUUUCAAGUUUGGGAAUAGGAAGAAGUCGCUAGGUCAGGCGAAUAGGUAGGAUGUGGUAUUAAUUCAUACCCGUUUCGCUCUACAGCAUCCAUUGCAACUUUGCAAGUGUGGACUCUCAUGUUGUCCUGUUGCAGCAAAACACCUUUAGAGAUUUUACCUGGGCAUUUUUCACAGAUGGCGGUUCUCAGCUGGUGUAGCGAGUUUGCAUAGUACACUCCAGUUAUUGUACUUCUCUUGGGUAAAAAUUCCAACAUAAUAACGCCUUUUGCGUCCUAAAAUACUGUGGCCAUCACCUUGCCAGCAGAUGGUUGCGUCUUGAACUUCUUUGGCCUCGGGGACCACAGGUCCUACCCACAGACGGCUCUGAGCUUUAUUCUCUGGCUCAUAAUAAUGAACCCAAGUCUCAUCUACAGUCACCAUACGCUAAAGAAAAUCAUCUUUUGACCUAAAACGCUUCAACAAGGCGCUGCAUACUGAUGCUCUGGUUGCCAUUUGCUCAUCACUAAGGGAUUUGGGGACCCAACGGGCUGUUAGCUUGCGCAUACCUAAAUGAUCAUGUAAGAUUGUUGAAACACUAUCAUGUGAAAUGCCUAAUGCCUGCACUAUUUCUUUCACCUGAAUUCGCCCAUCAGAGUGUACCAGAUCCUGAACUUUCUUCGUUGAUGGCAUCCAGUGGGUGUCCAGACCUGGCUUCGUCUUCUGAAUACAUUCUACCGCGUUUGAAAUUCCCUACCCAGAGCAUAAGAUGGUGCAGAAGACCCAUAAACAUCGUCUAACUCGCUGUGUAUUUCCUUGCCUGUUUUACCUUUUAAAUACAAGUACAGAAUUAUAGCACAGUACUCAACUUUAGAUGAAAAGCAUGCCUUUACAUCAUUAGCCAUGUUUGACAUUCAAUAUCUUAUUAAAGAAUGACUCGAUACGCAUGCAAUUUUGUACCCAGGUAUAAGACAUGUAUUUGAAACAAGGCAUGAAAAUCGUGACCGUCUCGAUCAAUCGGAAAUGUGAUAGGCUAGUUACUUAUUGACUUGCCCUCGUACAUCUAUACUACUAUACACAUGUAAUAAUUAUGGACUUGAAUUUUUGUCGUUUAAUGCUGGCUAAUCGGGAGAGAGUUGUCUUUUACUUUUAAUAUAGUAAACAUUGUAUAUUAUUUAAUAUUGUAGUCUUCAUAUUUGAACCUAUUUUUUUUUAAUCUAUUAUGGUUAAUUGAUUAAUAAAUCGGUGGAAUUUUAAA